UCGUCCGCUGGUGACGUCACUCAACGUGUUUCGCUUGUUUUGAAACUUGGAAAGUUUGCAGCGCUUCUGUGCAGCCGAGCGUCCGCUAAAGACAAACAAACGGCCGCCUUACCUCCGCGCAUGAAGACACGGCGGGAAAGCGCCUUCUCCAGGACCUUCUUCCAGCUGGGUUUGACAGGUCUGCGCGUGGGAGGAAUAUGGAUGUUAUUCCCAUGUGUAGUAUUUUCCAGGAGCUGCAGAGUGUCCUUGACACGGGAUACCUUUCCGCAUUACCGUCUCUAGAGGAGUACUGGCAACAGACCUGUCUGGAGCUUGAACGCUAUCUGCAGAAUGAGCCCUACGUCUCCGCAGCUGAUCUGAGAUCAGUAUGCGAGUCUGACGAUCUCUGGAAUCAGUUUCUGCGCUGUUGUGGGACCGAACCGAACUCAUCCUCUCCGGGAGCUUCCGUCCCUAUACAGGACGGGACCGCUGUGGCUUCCGAUGCGUCAUUCGGCAGCUGCAAGAAGAUCAUGGAGUCUGCCGAUGUGCUCGCAGGCCCGCUGGAUCACAGCGUGUCUGAGCGGGAGCACUCACACACACCCCCGACGCCGCCCUCCUCGCCCUCACUCCCUCUGAUGGGGGUUAAAGAAGACGCAGAAGGGGCGAGAGGGGAUGAGGGGUCACCUGAAGGACGAAGGAGAGCUCAUCGGUGCUACUUCGACGGCUGCAGGAAGGUGUACACCAAGAGCUCUCAUCUGAAAGCACACCAGCGCACACACACCGGUGAGAAGCCGUACAGGUGUUCAUGGGAGGGCUGUGAGUGGCGCUUCGCUCGAAGUGAUGAACUGACGAGGCACUUCAGAAAACACACCGGAGCCAAACCAUUCAAAUGCAGCCACUGCGACAGGUGUUUCUCUCGUUCUGAUCAUCUGGCCUUGCACAUGAAGCGACACAUCUGAACGCAAACCCCCGAAGGCCUGCACAGAAUCCCAAAGACCUGCCACAGCUGGUUUUGUAUAUUCGCCGAAUGUCAGUGUUGCAGAUUUUGCACCUUCUUGCUAAAAAUAUGGUUUCACCACAUGUAAUAGCGUUUUUUUUUGCCAUGCUGGUGACAUUUGACUUGUUCGGUUCAAGUCUUCACAAAGUUACAAAGGCAAUGAAAAUGCAGAAACUCUGGUACUAAAUGUAAGUUCGCAUAUUUGCAGGCUUUAGAAAUUACAAUGAAUAUGUAUGUAAAAAUCAAAUCAAAUCAAAAAAAAAAUCUCUCGGCUUUAUUGCACAGCUAACAUGUUUAUAUACACGGAGCAGAUGUGUCCAUGUUUAUAAUGUAGCUUUAUAAAAACACACAAUAUAAGCUAAGCGUUUAUUGCUUUUUAUUACGCUCUCAAAUUAAAAAAAUAAUAACUUUUGUGAAUGUGCUAAUAUGUACCUAUAAUGUACUAAUAUGUUGCAUUUAGGAGUGAAUAAGGUAAUAAAUGACCUGCUUCAUUUAGCAUUUACAGGUACAUUAGUCAUACCGAUAUUACUUUUAACCAAUAAAUUUAGUGCCUUAAAAUGGUUCUCUAAGAGUCAAUUAUGAGCUAUUCAUCAAGAGAUCAAAUACUGUAUAUUUUGUGUCAGAAGGACUGGAAUGACUGAACUGUUAUUGAAUAAUUAUCAGGAGCUGGGUUUGCUACUGUGUAGUAUGCUAUAAUUUUGAAUUUGAAAAAUGCAUCAGGAUAUUUCACUGGUUUUCCGAGCGCAGACUGACAUCGUGUUGGCUCAGAUAAAGCGCUAGCAUUUGUUGUCCAGAUGUUUAAAGUCCUGAAGACGUUAGAGAGACGAGGAUGUUCACUCAGGGACUGAUCAUAUGAAAGCUUUUAAAGUGUAACUGGAAUUUGCAGUAUCUUUGGGGGAAUUUUAAAAUGCACUCCAAUAUUAUCACUUUAUGUGCAUGCAUAUAAAGAUUUUUUUCAAUGAGGUGAACUGUACAAUGUUACAUGAAUUUUUUCAAGAACCAAAAUCUAAAUAUUUCGUUUUACUUGUACGUCACAAUCAUUUGUAAGCUUUCAAAUCGUUUUGUCUAAAGAGACUAAUGCAAAUUUUUGUUGUACUUUUUUUUUUUUUAUUAAAAUUGGUACUUUUUGUUUGUGUUCUUUUAUUUUUGUAGAAAAGCUGAUCUUUAUGUAAAAGCAACGGUAUGUUGUAAAAAUGUAAUUAUCUUUGUGAAUGCAUUUUAUACCACAAAAAUAAAUGAU